CCUGGGCGAACAGCAGGCAUUACAGGGAAGUGCCGCCGGCCAUUCCAGCGGGCUGUUGGGAUUACUUUCGCCUUCCCGUUUCCCCGCCCGCAGCAGGGUGCCGAGCGGCGCCGCGCCCGGGCGGAAGUGUCAGGGCCGAGGCCGGCGCUGAGGAGGGUGCUGAAGAUGGCAAGCAGCUCCCCUCCUUGGACUGGCAGCGCUUACCUGUUCCUUCAGUCCACCUGCAAGACCAUCGCUCUGCCGUCCCUCUACGAGAGCUCCCAGAAGAAGCCUCGUGUGUUCAAGGCCCUGAAGCUGGCAUUAGCAGACUCCACUGGCAGCGUGAAUGGUGUGGACAUGCUCAAGGUGUACUGCAGCCACCCCCACCUGAUAGUGCAUCUGAGGUUCUGCAUGCGCGAGAACUGCCGCCGCUUCCUGCGCAGCUACCGCGAAGGAGUGCUCCAGAAAUCCCUCCAGAGCCACCUCCAGCUCUCCUUGGCCACAACCACGGUGCCUCUGGAAGUGGAGCUGAAGGCUGGCACUGAGCACCUCGACAAGAUGCUGAAGGAUGAGGAUCGUUGCCUGGAGUGCAUCUACAGAGAAAAGCCUGACCGCCUGCCGGACGAGGAGAUCACAGAGCUGGAGGAACACCUCAAGAGCCUGAUGCUUCACCAGAGCACCAACAACAAUGUGGCUGGAAAAGACUGCUCAUCUCUGAAGUCCCCAUCUCAGCCUCAUCCUCCUCAAGGCAGCUCCCUUCCCACAGAGCUCACCUUCACCUUUCAGGGACAACAGUUUGACAACAGAACAAUCACACCAGACGACCACCAGAAGUUUGCCAAGUUUGUGUCCAAGAAGUGGAAGCAAGUGGGUCGCUCUCUGCAGAGGUCCUGCCGGGCCCUGCGUGACCCUGCCAUUGACAACCUGGCGCUGGAGUACGAGCGGGAGGGACUCUAUGAACAAGCCUACCAGAUGCUCCUCAGGUUCAUCCAGUCUGAGGGCAAGAGGGCCACCAUAGCACGGCUGAUCACUGCCCUGGAGGAGAACGGUCUCGUCAGCUUGGCUGAGGAGCUCCUGGGCCUCCAUUCCAGUGAGGACUGCACCUAGAGCCCAGAGGACAGUGCCACUCCUAAGGGCUUUCCUGCUUUAGCUACUGUAUGAAACUGCUGCCAGUGUCUGGGAAUGUAAAGUCCUGAACAUCACCACAGGUUUCCAUCGAGGUGGAAAUGCUCAGGGGAGAGGUUCUGUGUUUGCAGAAGCCAGCACGGACCUCUGACUUGCCUUAUUUCAUUGUGUUUCCAGAAAUAUAGCACUACCUUCCUGUGAACUGGUGAGAGGCUUUCACCCUGACUUCCUUCAGGACUGUGACAGGGAAGCAGCCAAACAGAGAGCCCUAGGGGAGAAUUAGGAAGAGGAGAAAAGCAAGCAAGUCUUCUCAUAGAAUUUCUAUGGGAAGCCUGCUUCUCAGGCUGUGUCCAGGGCAUCACCUGGAGAGCUGCAAUAUAUUUUUACAUUGAAAACAUUUUUGCCCUCUGCCAUGACAUCAAGUAAAGAAAAAGGAGACAGUAAGGAAAUGUCAAUUUUAUGUUAUUUUCCUUCUUUGUUUGAAGAACAAAGAACAUUCAUGGCCAGAGUAUCUGUUCUGCCCUGUUCUGUUAUAGCUCCUUCCCACCUCACACCACCUGAAGGCUUUCCUUCUUCCUGGGACAGACACAGUCUUCCAAAGGGCAAAAGAUUGCUGCUGUACAACAAAUGGCAGACACUGAACAAACAAAAUGGACAAACUCAAAUUCAGACAAUGAUUGUCAACAUGUUCUUAUUUGUGGUAGACAGUAAUAUGUUGAUUAGCUCUUGCCUGCCAGCCUGAGGGAGCCUGCAGCUAUGGAAAGCAAAACACACUGCUGGAAGGAAGAGAGUCUCCUCAUCAGCAAGGUACCUGUGGAGCCUGUAACUUCCUGACCACCCUCAGCCUGCUGGGGUCCUGGAGGGGACAGCUCACUCUGCUGUGUCCCACAGGUGUCAGGACCUACAGAGAGCCUUUCCCUGGCACUGCUGUCACUGUGGGGCAAUCAAACAUCAGCUGCCACCGUGCCUGGAUUUACCUGCACUGAUUUUUAGGGUAAAAAUGGUUUAAGAGACAAAUCUCCCAAACCCCAGGGCUGACUCCUGCUUUCAGUUCCUGUGGGAGAAGCUGAGUGUCUACUGGUAUGGCUGAUGCAGACUGCAACACAGCAGCUGCACUUCUGCUGUGACAAAGCACAGAGCAACAAGUGUCUGGCAUGACAUGGCUCCUGUGAAGCAGAACAGCAGCUCAAUUACCUUUGCCAUAUUCCCAGUGCUUCCCUGAUAGGUUUUUACUAAUACUAUUCCAUUAAUUCUACCCUUUCUUUCCCUUCCCAUCUGUGGGAAUAGCCAGUGGGCCAUGGAAAUGUUUUCAGGUGCAGAGGGCGACUCCAGCCAUACACACAAAGUCUGUGUGCACGUGACAAUAUCAGGCUGCCAACAGCCAUGGGAGGAACAACUUUGAGGCCUUUUAAACCACAACUCACAUCUUACUCCUUCCCUGGAGUCAAAGCUGUGAAUCAGUAAGGAGGAACAUAACCUCAGAUUCAUGUGUGGGCUCAGAUCCAAGCUCCUGGGGCUGGAGACAUUCCUGUACCUUCUGCUGGAACACCUGAGCAUCAGUCACUGGAGACCUGGAUGGGCAGGAUUUAGAUGGCCUGCUUUGAGCCAGCUGGGUUCCACAUGCCUCAGAUGAGCUGAGUAUCACAUCCUUAGUGUAAGGCAGGGAAACAUGACUUGUUUUCUGCGGAUUUUGAACCCCUGAGGUUACAUACAGAACCAGGAAAUGAAGGGGGAGAAGGUUUUCAGGGUGUGAGUGAAUCUGUUUCCAUCUUGCCCCUGCCUUCCAAGGAAGCAGGACUUCAUGGAGGCACCAUCUCUGCAAAGACUGUGGCUCCAUCACCUUUUAUUAAGCCAUUUUAUAUCAGUGCCAUUGCAGUUUCAUCCCCUCCAUUCCUGCUCCACAUGCUACCCUCUCCCUUCCAGUAGUACCAGUGCUCUUCCCAAAAUGAAGCAAUUACCUCUCUGACAGUUUUGUUUUGGGACCAACACAGUGGUAUUGAUCUUGCCUAAUUUAGGCUGCUGUGGCUCCAUACCUCAAUGUAUUUAGCUUUCCUGCCAAAUCCCAGCUGGGGAACUCUGUUUGGCAGAAACCCACCUGACAAAUCAUAUUUUAGAAAAUUAAAAAAUCAAAAACUUGAAAUUUACUUUAAGAGCAAGAGAGUUUGCUCUUGAUUUUGCAGAAAUAACUUUUUUAAGAAAAGCCUGCUGUCUCAUUUACAAUUAAUUUUUCUAAGCUCUCAGACCAGCUAUAUGUGCACAAUUUGCACAUACAGUUAUAAGGCAGCCACUGCGUAGUGAGAAUUACUAGUUUUUGUAGCAUCUGUUAACGCUCAAAAUGAGAAAGUCUUAUUAUUCAGCAUCUACUUCAAGUCCAGAAAACUUUUUUACUGCUGUUACUCUUUUACAGAGGACUAACCAUGAAUGCUCUCUUCUGAAUGUAAACGUUUUCUUUUUGCCAGUAACUGGCAUGUGUAUUUCCUCUUACUCACAUAUUCCUGUUAGAAGUGCCUGGCAACCUUUCUGGAAUAUCAUAAUCUCCAACAGCAUUCACAGGUGCCUUCAUUGCAGAAACUUGAAGGAAAAGGGUUUUUCAGUGAUAUUCCAUGGUGAAAUUGUCUCCAGCACAUGGUGUGGUUUGGGACAUAGCAAUGGCUGUUUCAUACCUCCUUUUCCAUGAGCAGUCAUCAUCAUGGUGGGAGAUAAGCUAUGGACAGUGCUGCUGCUGGAGAAAUUUGCCUUAUCCCAGUAACUGCUCUUCUCCAUAUACUGAGAUGUAUCUGUGAAAAGAAAAAUCAGGGGUGAUGCUAGUGUUUCAGAACCAAACACAAUAUUAAAAGCAAAUAAAGGUGCUAAUCAGUUGCAUAUAAAAUCUAAACCAGAAAAAAGCAUAAAACAAGCAGCAGAAAUCAGGCCAAAAUGUGCUUACAGGAAGAGAUCCAAGAGGGCUUUUUUUUUCUGGUAAGAUUGUUUUUGUCAUUUUAACCAUGUUUCAGAAUUGAAGGAGCCUCCAUUCAGUCUGCCAAAAGGAAUAAAAGAUCCAUCCAAAGGAGAAUUUGAA